AUGUCUGCUUGGGCGUUCGUUGUCACUUUCAUUCGCACAAGAAUAAGUGUCUGUGUAGUCUGUGUUGUCGUGUUAUCUCUGUUACAUAAAGAUAUGUAUUCCUCGCCGCUACUCAAUCGUUCAGCAGGGAUAUCAUCUUCGCUGAGUGUAGCUCCUUCAGAUGAUGCUUUGUCCGGAAUGAAUAGAAGGUUCGUCGGUGACAACCAAGAUGACUCACCUGCUAAAGCACCCGCAUUUUUGUUUGGACAAAAACGGCGGUCAGUGGCACCUGGGACUCCCUCAUAUCUCAACAAUCCUUAUUCUGGACAGAGUGCUCCUUCGAAUGAUAUAUUUGCUUCUCCGAUUCCAAGUCAAUUAAGAGGCGAAACUGCAAGUAAUAGUGGAAAAUCCGUUCACUGGUCUCCAGCUUUGGUACAAGAACGAUCGCAUCCUCAUGAUACCUCUCGACCAAAUCUCAAAUCUCUAUCUAGCCAAGCCUCUGGACCGUUUACUCCGUCGGGAACGCUCAGCCCAGCACCGCCUCUGCGCUCGAUGAGAGAUGAUAUUGAACCGGUACGGAAGGUACCGCGUCGAUCAAUGAGCAUCACAGCAUCAGAUUCGCCGUUUUCGGUCGCUGGAGCAUCAAAGCCGGCUACAGAUUCCUUACAGACAGCAGCGGAUACUUGGGUCACUGUGUAUGGAUUCCCGCCUGAGCAAGCAGCAAAUGUCCUCAAAUAUUUUUCGCGACAUGGGGAAAUAGUCAGCCAUCAGGUACCCAGUCGAGGAAAUUGGAUGCAUAUUCGUUAUUCUUGCCCAGUGCAUGCCCGGCAAGCUAUUUCGCGUAACGCAAGCCUGAUUGGGAAUUCAUUACGGGUUGGAGUUAUUCCUUGCACUGAGAAGGAGAUUGUUGGCGCAGAUGUUUCACAAGUCGUUUCACCGAUUUUGAAUCGAUCCAGCGUUAUGGAACAAUCCAUCAUUGAUGAAGAACCACAAGAAAUUCCCGCCAUUACACCGAGCAAAGAAAACCAUGACGCUGUGGAUGAGUCUAUGAAUCGCUCGCGACUGUCAAUGUCAUCUAGAGCCGGCAUGAGAUCAUUGACUGUGUCAUAUGAUAGUCGCCAGGAUCCUAAGAAUCCUCAACCGGUGAAACAUGAUUCGAUAAUAAAUAAAUUAUGGACAGCUGUAGGACUGUGA